UGCACCUGGUCCCUCGUAUGUUUUCCGACAGACUGGAUCGGUGCCCGUCAACUCACUCCAUCUCCGUUCUUCUUCUGCACUUCUUCGUUUCUUCUUCGUUAAUCCGCCAAUCUCUCUGAAGUUCAGGGGUCGGAUUUCUUUCCUCCCAUGGGGUUCUCUUUCAGCAAAUUCCGGCGUGCCCACGAGUCCCCGCCGCGCCCAGAACGCCCCUCCUCCUCCCCGAUCCCAUCGGUAUCGCUUCCUCCGCCGCCGUCACAGCCCGCCCUGGCACUGCCUCCGCCGCCGCAUCGGCAGCGUCCCCCCCCAACCUCCACACAACCAGCUCCACCACCUCCGCCGCCGCCUCCCGCCUACCCUUACCCCGCCCCUGGCACCUACUCCGCGGCCCCUCGCACCGCCCCUUACUACCAGUACCCUCCGCCGCCCCCCACCUACGCUCCGUACGCCCCCAGUCCCUACAGCUAUCCGGCUCCGUACGGCUGCCAGCCCCCCGCUCCUCCCCAUUACUCUCAGUUCGUGGGGUAUUACAAUAACCGGUGGUACCCCCCCGCUGCGGCAGGGCCGUCCGCGGCGGUGCCGCCCCCGUACGUGGACCACAAGACCGCCAAGAAGAUCAAGAACGAGGUGAAUGUCCACAAGGACGCAAUAAAGCUUUCCAUCGACGAGCAGAGUCCGGACUCCCAUUUGGUUUCUUUCACCUUCGAUGCUCUUGUUGAUGGCAGUAUUACGGUAAUUUACUUUGCCAAGGAAGGGCCAAACUGUACAUUUAGUCCCAUAUAUCCCGAAAUCCACAAACCGCAGAGAAUCCCGUUUCAGAAGGGUCUUGGCCAGAAAUUCCAACAGCCAUCUGGAAGCGGAAUUGACCUUGGAUUUUUUGAUAUCGAUGAACUAUCAAAGCCCUCUCAGAACGAAGAAAUCUUCCCUCUUGUCAUCUAUGCAGAAACUAGCGCACCAUCACUGAUGGAUGAACAGCCGAACCAGCCCGUAUCGAGUGUGUCCUCCCAUGCUCAGAUCACGGAAUGUGUCCUUGUUAAGGGCAAUGAGGGGAAUUUUCAAGUGAGAGUAAUCAAGCAGAUCUUGUGGAUUGAAGGGGACCGUUAUGAGCUCCGGGAGAUUUUUGGCAUAAGUAAUGUUGAUGAGAAGGGGUUCGAGGACAGUGAUCCUGGAAAAGAAUGCGUCAUUUGCAUGACCGAGCCCAAGGACACAGCUGUUUUGCCCUGUCGACAUAUGUGUUUGUGCGGGGAGUGUGCAAAAGAGUUGAGGCUUCAAUCAAACAAGUGUCCGAUUUGCCGACAACCCAUCGAGGAACUUUUAGGGAUAAAAGUGAACAAUGCAUCCUCAUCAUGAGAUCUAUGAUGCGCAUUGGAAACUUCACGGGCUUGUUAGCUUGCAGUAGAGAUUUUCUAUACUUGCCGGAUUCAUUCCUGGCUUUCUAGAAAAACUCGGGUUCCACAUUGGCUGUCAUGCACGUUUGUAUCUUCAAAAGGGGAAGUACAGUUUUCUUACGCAGUUGUACAACACAUAUCGACGAUAAAGAAGAAAUUUAUUCAUUAUUCUACGAUUAGUUUUUCGUUUUCA